GAUGAGUCGGUUCUUGAAAUGUCUUAAAUUAAUUAAAUUUUGCCAAUUCCAAAAUUUAGAGAGUUAACUUAUUCUAUUAGUCGUGCGAUAAUGACAUUUCUAAGUGCCCAAUGCUUACGUCGUUAGACUCAGAUCGGGGUCUAAAUAAUUGGACUUAGCACAAAUAGUGUAACAUAUAGAAAUACACAGUAGUAUUUACACCCCUUUAGACCAUACCUUCAUUCAAAAAUUGCCUGAAGCUUAAUCUCCGAGGGUCCUAAAAUCGUUGUAAGGCCAUACGUCUCUGUUGGCAAUAUGAUAAGCUGUGACACACAGAGCUGCUUGUUCCUCUACAAAGAAACUUAAUGACCAUACUUUUAGAGUGAUGUUCCUUUUUGAUCUCAUGACCUACAUAGUUUCUGUUCAACUAGUGCCACCGGCAUGGUUUGUCAUCUAGAAUGUGCGACAUAAAUAAUUGAGGUCCUAGGUUGUUAGCAAAUAGUUCCGAGGUACUUGGUGUUCCGAAGAUAUCCCUCAGAGAGGCGCCAUCCUGCGUUAACAGCAAUCAAAUAAUCCAUUUGCCUGUGAAAAACUCUGUUUUAGAUAGAUCUACUUCAUCAAUGCGCAAACUGUGCUUUGGUAUUGAUUUCUCUUACGCUCGUUUGUGGUAUCUUGACCAACAGGAAAAUACCCGUUUUUCUUAAUUUUUGGAAAUAAUUGGUGUUUUUUCACCACACUUGAUUAACUUUUGACUUCUAAUCAUUAAAAAUAGUAAACACGUUGCAAACAUCUGCUUUUGGGACUUCAAAAUUUUCCUUACCCCUUUGAAUAUUUCAUUUGCUAUUGAACAUUUAAUUAUCUCGGUGUAUGUAUAUGUGCCAACGAUACUGGCAAGACUAAUUGUAACCAAAGGAUUAUUCUACUCGUUUGAAUUGGGGUUUAAAUUAUUCAGUUAUUACCAAUCAAUUAAAUCAUUUUUGGCUUUUAAAUUGCUCGGCCAUUUUAAAGUAGAUUCCCUAAACUUGCUAUCGGUUACCUAAUGACUUGAGUUAAUCGUCUUUGCCCAAUGUUUUCAUGAAAGAAACGAAACUUGUAAUUAAAAGUAAUUUAUUAAUGGUGUUUUGAUAAAUUGAGGGAAGUAUCCUACCAAGGGGAAGUGGUUUCCUCAAAAGUGUCUUAAGAGGCAAUGAGUUCUUUUACUUAAAGUUAUUGUAUAUUGCAUCGAGAAAUGGUGUGGGGACCCUUUAAAUUAUAAUAUAUGCCCAUGGUGGUUCCUUCCCCCACUCAACAAAUCCUUUCGUCAAUUAUAUAAAUAUCAGCAACAUAAAUAUGAAAUUCAUAUUCGGACGCGAUUCCUUCAACAGUUCGGCAACAUAAGUACCAACAUGGCAUUCGAGAACUUCUACCAAACGAACAGCGUGGAAAAUUUUAAAAUGUUCUGGUUUCUAUGGCGUCUUUUGGGUUUCAGGGGAUUCCAGAAUAAAUACGCCAACAUCGUACACAAUUUGGUCUUGCAUGUUGCCAUUAGUUUUUGGUAUCCAAUGCACCUGACCCUGGGCCUGUUAAGUUUGCCUAACCAGGGUGAAAUUUUCAAAAAUCUGUCCAUAACCAUCACCUGCAUUGUGUGCAGCAUGAAACAGCUUUUCCUGCGCUGGAAGAUUCGACAGAUGCACGACAUUGAGAUGUUAUUUCUGGAAUUGGAUGCCAGUGUUGAGAGUCGGCAAGAGUAUCACUUUUUCACCAACGGACCCAGAAAGCACGCCCAGUGGAUUACCAAAUUGUACUGUACAUGUUACAUGGGCGCCAAUGUUGCGGCCAUAACGAUGGUGAUGCUGGACUCGCAGAGAAGACUUAUGUAUCCGGCUUGGUUCCCGUUUGAUUGGAGUUCUUCUUCGCAGGUUUACUGGGCGGUGUUGAUGUAUCAGUUUAUGGGUGUCACCACCCAAAUCGUUCAGAAUUUGGUGAAUGAUGCUCCGGCAGGGGUGCUGCUUUGUUUGAUCAGUGGCCAUGUCCGUUUGUUGGGCAUGCGAGUGUCCAGAAUUGGCCAUGACUCGAAGAAAACUGAAAAUGAGAAUCUUGCGGAUUUGGGAAAGUGUGUCGAAGACCAUAAAAGACUCAUUAAGUUAUUUAAGCUGGUCGAAGACACCCAGUCUUAUGUGCAGUUGAUUUUGUACAUUUCCGGCGGACUCAACAUUUGUGUCGCCGUCGUCUAUUUGAUAUUCUUCGUCGAAAGUUUGACAGCAUAUCUCUAUUAUUCCGCGUUCAUUCUGGCAAUUACCAUCGAAAUAUAUCCGAGCUACUACUACGGCAGCAGUUGCCAACAGGAAUUCAACGAUCUAAGCUAUGCCAUAUUCUGCAGCAAUUGGUUGGAGCAACCAAAGCGUUUCCACAAAAACAUGAGAAUUUUUGUGGAGAGCACAUUGCCCAAAGUCACGAUGACGGCUGGAGGAAUUGUAAGGAUGCAAAUCGAAAAUUUCUUUGCCAUUUGCAAAAUGGCUUAUUCUUUGUUUACUCUGAUCAGAAGUAUUAAAUAGAUGUGACUAAGAGAUAAAUCAGUUACAAUUUUGAAACUAUCUAAUUGCACAAUUGUAGUAGAAUGCACCAUGAAUUCACUUGGAUAUUUAAGUGUUGGAAAAUUACGAAUCAACAUUAAUCAGUCAUGUUAUGCACAUUAAAUGGCAUAUGGGAUAGAAAGCUUUCAAUGCAGUUAAGGUGUUUUUUAUUUUUACAUUAACAAAUAUCCACUCCCAGUACAAAAAUAUUAUUAUUUUAGCAAGUGUAUGUCGCACGUAUUAGCUAU